CGUCGUUCUCCCUGCACGUCAACCUACCGAACAAGUGCAUAGCCUGUCAGGGCUCAGGUCGACGGCGAUGUUGUCAACUGAGACCAUACCUGAUGACGAAGUAAAACGAGAGCCUUGUUCCAGAACAAAACACUGCCACUGGCAGCUCAACUCGAUGGCGCUUGGCACCACUCAGCCUGAUUUGAGGCGUACUGUAACUUAACAUCCAAAGCGACCAAAGAGCCUAGCACAUACCUAGGUAGAUGGUUUCAACGUACUUACAACACGGUCGCCUCGCGCUGAUCGAGUGAGCUGGUGAAUCGUAGGUGGAAACUUGACAGCCACCGAGUUCGCCAUUACACCCAGCCUCUACUCUAGAUUCAAAGAUGCCUCGCAAGUCCAAACCUCCUCCUCCUCCACCUCCGCCCAAACCAGCAUCACUAGUAUCCAGAUCUUCAGGUCUACACCCUGCAAUUCAGCAAACUCUAGGAAAACGAGGCCUCUGCUGGCCCUGGGACCAACCAGGCACACAUUUCGCAUUAUUCGAGCCUUAUCUUGCUCCUUCACAGUCCCCACCACCAUCAUCAAGCUCCAGCUCCACUUUGCCAGGCAAGAUUUCAUGGCUAUUCAACUGGGAACUAUGGCAACCAGACUCCUUACCCCAAACACUCGAAUGGGUCCCCUGCAUCCGAACAUCAUCGCACAUCAAAGACAUUGACCCGUUCCUACUUGACAUUAUCACCAAAUCAACUGCCCAAAGCCGUGUUGUCCCCUCAGCCCUACUAGGUUUCAACGAGCCGGAAAUCCCCAGCCAGGCCAACUUGGAUGUUGAGACUGCUAGUGUUUUAUGGAAAGACGUCGUGGUGCCGGCGAAAUCAAAAUUCGGCUUGAGGCUGGGCAGUCCGGGCAUGAGCAGCGAUAUGGGGCGAAGCAAGCCGUGGUUGGAUUCGUUUCUAGCCAUGACACAAAGCAGUGAGGAUCCCAAAGGUGGGAUCGAUUUCCUCGUGCUGCAUUGGUAUGGGUUCAGAUUCGUUGAUUUGCGACAGUUUCUCGAGGACAUGCAUCAGACGUACGGUCUGCCGGUUUGGCUGAAUGAAUUUGCUUGCUCGAAGAUGGGCGAAGGCGAGACGACGGUGGACGAAGUCUGUGGCUUUCUGAGAGAGGCGCUGCCUUGGUUGGAUGCGUGUCCUUGGAUUGAGAAGUAUGCGUACUUUGGACAUAAGGAUGUUGGAGAAUGGGUUGGGCGGGCGAGUAAUUUUCUAGAGAUGGCGGACGACAGUGACAGUGAUUGGAGGUUGACGAGAGUUGCAAAGAUAUAUUGCGAGUAUUGAUUGACACUAUUGGUAUAACGAUGGGCAUGCCGAUUGACCAGAUGGUACUGGCAGGAUCGUCUGAGUCUCGUUGCACUGCACUGCAUUUCAUGUCCUGAUUCCAUUGUCCCCGCUCUACCAAGCCAGUACUGUAUUGGCCUGUGUAAUGCUCGUUAUAUCGUCUGUCUUAUAUUGCAAACGUCUAUUGCAGCACC